GGUCCAGAUCUUGCAUGUGGAGCUGACCCCACUUAAAAUUCACAUUCCCAAAAUACCCCUCUUCCUUUCUCUCUCUUCUCUUGAUUAAAGAAAUGGAAGUGACACGUUUGUUCUUUAGGUUCUCUUGACACCUUGUGUUCUUUGGAAGAGCUGGGAAGCCGAGUAGAGAUUCUGUUUUUUUUUGUUUCAGAGCUUAAUUUUGUGGGUAUUUCAUAUUUGUGGUUAUUUAGAUGGAGAGAGAUUUUCUGGGACUGGGUUCGAAGAAUUCGGCGGUUGCAGUAAAAGGGGCGGCCGUUGAUGGUUCUAAAGACUCAGAACUGACGAGGCAUUCAGGGAUGCAGCUUUCAUUUUCAAACAAGGAUUCUGCCAUUCCUCAACUCUGGUCAUUCAAGAGUUCUCAAGACGACAAACUGAGAAAGACUGUUCAUGAACCUAUGGCGUCGACUGGAUUAAUGCCUGUAUCAACUUCUGAUGCUUCUGUUGGAGCUCAGAAAAAGGUUAUACUUGAUGGGAAGGCUGGUAAUCACCAUGUGAUGUCACCCUAUGGUCAGCCACACAUUGAUGCGUAUUCAGUGCACCGUUCUCAGGAGGUUAGGGUAUUUCCUUUAUCCAACCAACCUAAUCAAACUAUUGCAGUCUCUAUGCAUGCCCCAGUUCUGCAAUCCCAUUUUCUUUUUGUUGGACACAAUGGUCUUGGUAAUUUUGUCAAGACAAAUCCACAGCCUCUUAGAAGAGUUCCAGUUACAGCUCCUGUUUCUGGUUUUCCUAACAUGAGUCCUGUCGUUGGCAGCACUGAUCUCAGAAGUACUUUCAAUUCCACAGGGGCACCUGCUCAGUUGACAAUGUUCUAUGCUGGUUCUGUGUGUGUUUAUGAUGAUGUCUCUCCUGAGAAGGCCCAGGCUAUCAUGUUAUUGGCUGGAAAUGGGUCUUCUACGAGUCAUGGUAAGUCGCCUCCCUCGGCUCAACUGCAAAUGCCGGUCCCAAGGCCUUGUACCAGUGAUGUUUAUGUUGGAAACAAGUCCCUUACUGCAUCACCUUGCUCAAGCCUUCCAAGCCCCAACCCUGUAAUAUCCCAUGUUAAUUCCCAGCAUGGGGGAGGAUCUAAUAGCAUCAAUGAUGUAUCAACAGUGAUUAGAAACAAGUCUCGUACUCCAUCACCAUGCUCACGGUUUCCAAGCCCCAUCUCUUUCAUCUCCCAUGUUAAUUCCCAGCCCGGGGGAGGAUCUAAUAACAUCAAUGAUUUAUCAACAGUGAUUAGGACCAAGUCUCAUACUGCAUCACCAUGCUCUGGUCUUUCAAGCCCCAUUUCUGUGGUCCCCUGUGUUAAUUCACUAUCCACUGGAAGACCCAAUAACACCAAUGAUUCAGAAGCAGUGAAACCAGUCACUGGUUUAACAUCACUAAGCAAUCAAACGGAGCCUCCCAAAGUAGUAAGUUUGGCUGGACCUGCUGCUGCGACCAUAGUUCCUAGAGUUGCUGUACCUCAGUCCCGUAAAGCAUCCCUGGCUCGAUUUUUGGAGAAGCGCAAGGAAAGGGUGAUGACCACCUUGCCGUACAACGUCAACAAGAAAUCUCCAGAAUGCAGCGACGCUGGGUCCGAAGGUUUCAGUAUUUCUAUUACUUCCACUUGUUCCUAUCCUCUUCCGGCUACACAUUAGCAAUCAACUGGAAUGCUGAGGGGAUUCGAAGUGCAGUAAUGCACAUAUCAGUCAUGCAAGGAGGACACUCAGUAGAACAAUUUUGUUUUUCCCCGCUCGUGAUUCUAGAAGCAAUUCUUUAACUUCAAAACUUAGUUAAGGUUUUAGAUCAUUUCAAAUAUAUGGUUGUAUUUUUUAGUUAUUCUUUUCACCUCAAUGUGAUUGGUGCCUCUGCUUCCAUGGACAUUGGAAUUGUAACUUAAAAUGUCAACAGGUAUCUUGUUGUAGUAGUAGAAGGUCUGUUCUUACAUUGGAAGUACACUUUUUUUCUAUGUAUAUUCAUUUUGUAGCCUUCGAUA